CUAUAAAUAGGAAAGAUCUGGAGGUCAAAACAACAGCAGAUCCCAGGGAAUUGCUAAGAAAUUUUCCCAAAUGUCAAACGCAAGGUUGGAAGGUAAGGUAGCUCUUAUCAGCGGUGCAGCCAGCGGGAUCGGUGAGGAGACGGCGAGGUUAUUUGUACAACAUGGAGCAUUCGUUGUUAUCGCCGAUGUCCAGGAUGAUCUCGGGAACCAAGUCGCUGAAUCAAUAGGCCUCGACAAGGUUAGUUACCGGCAUUGUGAUGUGCGAGACGAGCAGCAGGUUGAGGAAGCGGUGAGUUUCACUGUGGAGAAAUAUGGGAAGCUGGAUAUCUUGUUAAGCAACGCUGGUAUCCUGGGCCCGUUAACCGGGAUCCUAGAACUCGACAUCGACACCUUCGACAACAUCAUGGCCACGAAUGUUCGAGGCAUGGCGGCCAUGGUCAAGCACGCCGCUCGCACCAUGGUAGCUAAAAAAACGCGCGGAUCCAUCAUAUGCACGGCAAGUGUAGCGUCUUGUUUAGGAGGGACAGGUCCCCAUGGUUAUACCGCAUCGAAGCAUGCUAUCGUAGGGCUCGUUCGAGGAGUGUGUAGCGAGCUCGGGGCUCAUGGGAUCCGAGUCAACUGCGUUUCUCCGUAUGGAUUGGGCACGCCUCUGGCUUGUAAAGCAUUCAAUUGGGAACCAAGUGAAGUAGAGGCCAGUAGUUAUUCCGCGGGCAACUUGAAAGGCAUAGUGUUGAAGGCUAGUCAUAUUGCAGAGAGCGUGCUGUUUCUUGCUUCUGAUGAAUCCGCUUAUAUCAGCGGCCAAAACUUGGCGGUUGAUGGAGGUUUCACGGUGGUUAAGCACGUUGUCUCACCACUUACGAAUUAAUGGCUGUAAGUAGAAGCCAAUAUUUUAUACUAUAAAUUGGUAAUUUAAGAGAGAAGUUUAUUUGAGUCGCUAGUCAAACCUUGUGACCAGCUCAUUACAUGUGCAUUUUCCUUAUAAUCUGCAAUGUUACUUUCUUUCUUUC